CAACAGCAACCUACUAAUAUUACUACGAGCAGUGAGAGUCCACAAAACGAGCUCAGACAGGGAGGCUUCAGGCUGACGGCGGUCGCGUGACUGCAUAUGCUGUCCUUCGGCGGACACCGAGCGAAUACACGCCAGGGAAGGCUUUAUGUUCCACGGCUAGGACUGCAAGAAGCAUCGGGAACAUGGGCGUGGAAGUAGAAACAAUAUCUCCCGGUGAUGGAAGCACAUUUCCAAAGAAGGGUCAGACCUGUGUUGUUCAUUACAUAGGUAUGCUGCAGAAUGGGAAAAAGUUUGACUCGUCCCGAGACAGAAACAAGCCCUUCAAGUUCAAGAUUGGACGAAGUGAGGUCAUUAAAGGCUGGGAAGAAGGCGUGGCUCAGAUGAGCCUGGGCCAGCGGGUGAAACUCACUUGCACACCAGACAUGGCCUACGGCGCAACGGGCCACCCCGGGGUCAUCCCCCCCAACGCCACACUCAUUUUUGAUGUAGAACUUCUCAAACUGGAGUAAAAGCAAGACGGCUAAACAAGCUCACAGUUUGGGGCUUGGAGGGAGCUCGGACCCUCUCCUUGCCUCCUCUUCCCUCCUCCCUGCCAUCCCUCUCUUCUUCAGUUUUUUAUUUAAAUGCAUAUACAGCUGCUGCUUGGUGGCCAUCUUUUAGAAAUAUUUACCAUGGCAUGCUAUUUGGUGUUGCUUAGAGCUGUACAUUUUGUCAAAAGUGAGAAGGAAAAGGUGCACUACUGUAUACUACAAUCAAAAAACAUGCACACACUGCCUUACAGUGUUACCAACAGAGCAAAAGCACAUGAAAAGUCCCAAUAUUUCUGCUGUGCAUCCUGACUGGGCAUUUUACUAUAUAUAUAUUUAU